GUAUUUAAAAUUUUCGUAAGAUAUACAUAAAUUUGUACAGCAUUAAAGUAUUCAAAGAAACGAUACGUAACACGUAAAUUGCAUAAAUAAAACAGAAGUAUAUAGAUAUUUACAAAAAAAAAAGGUGUGAAAAAAAUUACAAUAAUAACUAACAAUGCAUCUCAAUAUUAUUAGUACCUCUCAAUUCAUUUAUCAAUAAGAAUUGUUGCUCUUUGACCGUCUAUUAAUUUGCCAAUAAUAAUUAGUGAUUCAUAAUAUUUUUCUCAAUGGGUGCUAGCAAAAAAAAGCCGACAAAUGGGCGAAAAAAAUUAGCGGUAUGCAAAAAAGUGAGAAUGACGCAGAAACUUUUCUUACGAGACCGAAGAUACGAGAUACUGGUUAGUGAAUAGUGAAUACAGAGAUGAUUUAACAUAUAUAUAAGUUAGCUAUUAUAUAGAAAGAUAGAUCUCAUCAGUAUGCCAACGACAGUGUAAAUAACAUUUUACAUGAUCCCCAUCAGCCCAGUCAUACCCACGAGUCAAUGGAAUGAGAAAUAUAUGAAAAGAGUGAGAGAGUUCGGCGAAUUAGGACCCUUCGGCGGCCAAUAUAAAGGAGGAGACACUCCAGACUCAGCAUCAGUUACUUCUUGCUCUUGGUUCUUUCAUAUCUCUUGUUAACGCGCCAACAUGAAGGUUGCCCUAGUUUUUCUUGCGGUUGUAGCAGUAUCCCUAUCUGCAUACACUAAUAAAUGGGAUAAUAUUGAUGUUGAUAAGAUUCUUGAAAAUAAGCGACUUUUGGAGGGCUACGUUAAGUGUUUAAUGGGCACGGGAAAAUGUACGUCAGAGGGAAAGGAUUUGAAGGAAAAUUUGCCUGACGCCCUUGCUACCAAUUGCGACAAGUGUACUGCUGCACAGAAAGAAAAGAGUGAAAAGAUCAUCAGGUUCCUUGUAAACCAAAGAAAAGAUUUAUGGGAUCAAUUGGCUGCCAAAUACGACCCCAAGGAUGAAUACCGUCAAAAAUACCAAAAUCAAGCUAAAGCAAAAGGAAUUGAAGUUUAAAAACUAAUAAAUAAAAUUCAUCAUUAUUCGUCAAUCUUGACGGGAUUUACAAUAUUAUUAUAAAAUUAUUAUUAUAUACAAUUAUUUAGUUGCUAUUACGUGAUUAUCAUGUACUUAUUGUUUGUUGAAGUGUAUUAAAAAAAUUACUUGUUAAAAAA